CAAAAAGCUCCAAGGUUCAGUCGAAGCUCCCUCCUAGCAGGGAGGAUUUUUUUCCUACACUCACAGGGCUCAUUGAAAGGCUUAUAAUGCAGUGGGCUGCUUCUUGGCUUUGCAUUGCAGCACCGUUGUUUUUGCUCUGCUUUGCUCCAAGUUGUCCCUCUGCUCAGAAAUAUCCAAAGUGUUGGCAUGACAGACGCACUCAGAUCCGUCAGAAGCAGCACAGCAGGAAAACGUUCUGUGAUCCUUCCUUCAGCAACCAGACAGCAGGUGCUGUCACUCAGAAGUGCAGCUCUGGCUUCUACAGAGAGUGGGCCGGACCGAACAGGGGCCAGUGUGUGCCAUGCAGCUGCAACGGGCUCUCCGAUGAGUGUGAUGAGCGUACAGGGAACUGUGUGAAAUGUCAGUUCGACACUACAGGAGAUCACUGUGAGCGUUGCAAGGAGGGUUAUUUUGGAGAUCCAGUGAACAGAACCUGCCGUGCCUGUCUAUGUCCCUUUACAGAGAACAAUUUUGCAUUGGCCUGCCUCGAUGUUGGCUCAGGAGUGGUGGAAUGUUUGUGUAAACGUGGUUACAGUGGAGUCAGAUGUGAGAGAUGUGCAUUUGGUUAUUAUGGCAAUCCCAUGGUGCAGGGGGGCAUGUGCAAGCCCUGCAACUGCAAGAAGAAUGGUUUGAACCCGUGUGAUUCUCUGACCGGAGAGUGCAUCACAUCUGGUAAUAGUAACUGCGGGGAUCACUGUCAUGCAGAGUGUGACAGCUGUACUUACACUUUGCUGGUGGACUCAGAGAAGAUGGAUGAUGAUCUGUUUUGGCUGAAACAGCAGCUGCAGAACAUCAGUCAUAGUCCUGUAUCACGAUCUACUCUGAACAACCUGGAGGUUAACAUAUCUGAAGCAAAGGUACAGAUGGGGAGUCACAGUACUGCUGUGAGACUCCUGGAUCCAAAGGUUGAACAGCUGGAAGCAGAUGUGGCUGCUGACAGAUAUGACUUGUCUCAACUGAGUGAUGAGAACCUUGACAUUGCAUCAUAUUUGAAGAAGACCUUGGAGUCUGCAAAUGAAACGAAGUUAAAGGCAGAUGAUCUAUUUAAAACAGGAGCUCUUCUCACAACAAUACAAGAUCUGAUAAAGCAGCUAACUGAGGCAAAACCUGAAGAUUCAGUUUCUCUCUCUGAAAAGGACAAAGGCAGGAUGAUGGAAGAAGCUCAGCGCAUCAUGGAGGAAAUGAGAAAGAGAGGCUGCACUGCUCAGAGGGACAAAGCAGGCAGCGAGCAGGAGAAGGCACAUAAAUUGUUAGAACUCAUCAGCAACGACAUGAUAGCUGCUGCAGAAAUGAAACAACUCAUCCUGAUUCAGAGUGGAGACUCUGUCAUGGCCUCAGAUUCUGCUGUGAGACAGUUGGGCGAGCUGCUGUUGGAUGCAGAGGACAGAGUCGACAGAGCAAGGGGUCUUAACCUCAAGAGUCGUACUGCCCUACAGCAUCUGCAGCAUCUUAAAGCUCAGCUGGAUAAAGAACAAAGCACUCUCCAUCCUGUGACUGAAAUGACUAAAGAUCUGCUAAAGAACAUUUCUGACAUCUUGUCAAUACUUAAGGAAGUUAAAAAAGAAUUUGAGAAGCAAGCAGUUCAGUUGGAUGGUGCCAAGCUGGAACACUUUCAGCAGUUAAACAACAGUUUCAUAAUAGCAGAGGUGGAAGCUAUAGCCCAGGCAGAGGAGCAUGCAAAGGAGCUCAAAAGAAUGGCGACAGAAUUACAACAAGUGCUUCAUACAGCUUCUAACAGCACUUCACUGGUCAGCUUCCUGGGUAUAGGGGCCUAUGACAGCAUCAUUAAGGCAGUAGAAAUGGCUGAGAAGGCAGCAAAGGAGUCCAAAAAGGCUGCUGAUCAAACCUUAAAGGAUGUGAAGAAGAAAGGUCUGAUCAGCAGGUCUGAACAGCUGAAAGAUAAUUCAACUCAUCUAUGGAGGGAAACCAGAGACACUCAAAGUCACCUUAAAAUGGUGUCACGUACAGUAAACGCUCACAGGAAUCGUGUAAAUAAACAAAAGAAAAAAAGAAGAUCACUGAGAAUCGCCACCUCAUCCAUCAGUGACAAACUCAAAAAGAUCAAAAGAGAUGACACAGUGGCACUGAUAGGGUCUGUGAAAACUGCUGCUUCUGAUGCUAACGCUACAGUCAGCAAUGUGAAAGAGAGACUGAGAAAUAUCAGCGAGGAAGUGGGAAGAAUUUUAACCAAUAUCAGUGUGAAUAUAAAUGACAUGUUGACAGAUGCAGACCAGGCUGUAAAAAGCUUCGACAAAGCAUUCCCUGUGAUGAGUGACAAGCUCGCAGAAGUCAAGGCUCUUGGUAGGAAGAUGUCACCUCACCCAAACAUGACAGAAAGCAUCCAGAGAAUCAAGGACAUAAUAGAGGAGACAAGAAACUUUGUUAAUAGGCUCCCUCUUGGCACCACUUUCAAUGGAAAGAGCCACAUUGAGCUUCACCCUCCAAGAAACCUUGAGGACAUUAAAGCGUUUACAGCUGUCGAUCUUCUCCUCAAUCGCCAUCACAAAACCCCGUCUAAGUCUGAUGUGAGACGAAAACGACACCAGGAUGAACACAGAGAUGACAACCUGUUCGUUUUCUACCUGGGUAGCAAGAAUGCUUCUGGAGACUACAUUGGAAUGGCUAUCAGAAACACUGUGUUGGUUUGUGUCUAUAAGUUGGGUGGUGUGGUUCAUGAGGUAGAAACCAGCCAAAUAACACUCGGAAGCGUGAACUCCUCAGACUUUAACAGAGUUAUCUUCCACAGGGUUUACCAGGACGCUGAAGUGAACGUCACACAGAACUUCACAUCAAAGGAGCCCGUCAGUCUCCCUCCUAAACGUAACCUCCCAAACACAAUGACAGGCGUCUUCGACUUGGAUCCAGGCAGUGUCGUUUUCUACGUGGGGGGCUAUCCCGAUUACUUCACUCCUCCAGUGGAGCUGCGUUACCCCAAGUACAGAGGAGCCAUAAAACUCUCCUACCUGAAUGAUAAUCCUGUCUGCCUUUUUAACUUCAAACAUGCUGUCAAUAUGGAUGCAAAACAGCACACUGUGAAGAUUCCUCAGGAUCCGUUGUGUGAUUAUUAUGAAGGAAGAGGUUACCGCAUGGCGUUCAUAAAGGAUCCUGACUGGAAAAAGAGGCGACUGUUCAGAUUUCACACAAACAGCCGAGAAACAAAUGCCUUGUUAUUCUACAUUGGAAACAAUGAGUCCUUUUUCUGUGUGUUUGUGGAGAGAGGCUUCCUUGUGCUACAAGGUCAACAAGCUGACAGAGAGAUUAGACUUCAGAGUCCUGAAAGAGUGUCUCUGUUUGACACACAGUUUGCAAUUGCUAUUGCAGACAAAUUCAUUGUCCUGUAUGGACCAAAAACGGUCUCCACAGAUCACAUUCAAACAGACUACAUGAGUUAUUACAUUGGGGGUCUUCCAGCAGAGCUCAGAGAGAGACACAACAUCACAGUUGCACCGCUCAGGGGAUGCGUGGAUCACCCGAAAGCAGAUGCUGAGAUUGUCGUGUUCAACAGGACAAUAGGUGUCAGCAGUGGAUGUCCACUCUCCUUACUGGGUGUUCGUGCAGCUACAUUGAAUUCGGCUCUUUCUGUCGAUUCUCUGUUUGCCUGGGACGAACAGCCAGUGAGAUUCUCGUUAGGCUUCAGGAGCACAGGCAAGCGAGGCGUUGUUCUGAAGAGCGGCUCUCAGGGCUCCGAACCUGUCCACAAUCUCCAGUUGUCCCUGGAUGAUGGCUUUGUGGUUUUUCAUAGUUUUAAUUAUACCCUGAGGUCAAAUGAAAGGUAUAAUGAUGGAGUCUGGCAUUAUGUUUCUGCAGUGGGGAAGCCAUCAGGGCUGCUGCUUAGCAUUGACAAUGUAAAUGUGAGUCCGGCACAUUCAGACCAAAUCAGCAUGCCAAGAGGAAAAUUCAAAGGCUGCAUUGCUAAUCUUUAUACAAGCAGGCCGAGUAUUUUACCUGCUGAUCUAAGCUCAUUAUCGCAAACUGGAGACAUUAUCUUUGGUCAGUGCAGUCAGCCUCCCCCACCGCACUCCACAAUGAAAAGACCCCAGACACACAACCUUAUUAAGACUCCAGCUGGCAGUCAAUGUAGACCCCAGAGAGCAUACCAACUCUAUGAGAAAGACAGCUGGGUCAGUUACAACCUUCCACAAGAAAACCUUAAUUAUAGGCCUCACUUCUCUCUUGACAUCAAUACCAAAUCGUCCAAAGGGCUCAUCCUCCAUGUCGCAGGAGAAGGCACCGUCCCCCUCCUGGCUCUGUACGUGGCCAACGGCAAGAUCAAGAUGUCACUUGGUCAAAACAGAAUCAUCCAGCACAAGGAGAAGAGCAAUGAUGGCAACUGGCAUAGAGUUGAGUUCAGUGUGGAGAACAGCACUUUUCAUCUUCUGGUUGAUGGGAUCCGUGUGACUGAUGGCCGCUUACCAAACAAUGAGGGAUCAUCUUUAGACCUGCGCAACCCUGUGUAUCUGGGUGCUGAUACAAAAAGCAAAAACACUAAAGGACACAACAUUCCCACAGACAGUGUUAUCAGCUGUAUAAGGGAAUUCAAAAUGAAUGAUGUAUUUGUUGGUGCAGCUGAUGUGAGCCACAAAGCCUUACCGUGCUUUGAUGAGCUUGCAGAGGAAGGGGCAUACUUUGGUGGCGGUCACAUCGUCUUAGAUAACUACUUCACCGUUGGCUCGCACUUUUUGUUGUCCUUCAAGCUGCGCCCUCAACACCUCACAGGCCUUCUCUUCCAUGUUCAAAGUGAUAAGACCAGCCUUAAUGUGUUCUUAAUGGAAAACAAGGUGGGCGUCAAAGUAAAUGAUGGUUAUGGAGCUGUUAGUGUCUCAGUAACACCUCGUAAAAGCCUCUGUGAUGGAAAAUUUCACGAGGUUACAGUCUCCAAAAAUAAGAACGCAAUCCAACUAGUGGUUGACUCCGUGUCCAAGGAGAAAGCAGGCCCCAAAUCCACGUCAUAUUCAACGGCCCUGGAAUCACUUCACAUUGGGGGGACAACAAAUCAAAAUGGAGCCCCUGUGCCUUCACCUUUUGUGGGCUGCUUGCGAAAUGUGAAGCUUAAUGGAAAGCCGGUUGCAUUUGAGAAAGCCUCCAGGGUGGUCGGUCCUGUGAGCAUCAACAGAUGCCCUGCAAACUAAUGAAAUAUAUCAUUGCAAACAGGGAUGGGAAUAGAGAACCUAGUUAGGCUGAAAUCAAGCAACAAUUUUUCCAAUCUAACGGAAUUGUAUUUCUCUAAGCUUCAGUUCCUGUUUUUCCAGCACGGGAAUGUUUUCCUGACCUUUGCUCAUUACAAAGCAAUGAUGCCAAACUCAUGAUAGUGAGUUGUAAAUCACCUGCAAGCUUAUUUUCUACUCUCCCUACACUAUUCCAGACUCAUUGAUAUUAAAACAGUCGCCCUGAAGCUGAAAACCUGUUACGGUCUAGUUUUAUUACCACACAGAACACUGAUAAGGUGAGAAAACUGAUAGAGACUCAGUUCAAUGCAGCCAUAACACCAUCUAAUAGCACAACAGCAAUAUUUGCCAUAAAUUUAGCAGUGGAUUUUAAACAAAUCCACCCCAUCUAUCAGCUGCGCUAAUCACCCCACCUCACAGCAAGAAGGUGUUGGGUUUGAAUCCAGCAGACUCCGUGGCUGUUCCCUGUGGAGUUUGCAUGCUCUCCUCAUGUCUGUGUGGGUUCUCGCCAGGUACUUUGGCUUCCUCACACAGUCCAAAGACAUCCAUGUUAUGCUAACUGGUCAUUCUAAAUUGGCUGCAGGUGUGAGUGUGAAUUGAUGUUCAUCUCUCUGCGUUAGCUCUGGGACAGAUUUGUGAUCUGUCCACGGUGUAACACACCUCUCACCCUAUGACACCUGCGAUAGGCUCCAGCAUUACCAUGACCCUGACUUCCAUACAGUGAAGAAAAUAGAUGAAUGAAUUUUAAACAUCUGAUAUAUUUAUCUGUUACAAUAUCAGUCGCUCAACAUUAACACAAAACUUUAUUAAUCAGUAUAGCAACAGACAGAAUCCAUAAGAAACAGCAGUUCAUUCCCGUGUUUAAAAUUAAGGUAAAUAUUGCAUACACACGCACCUUACUCAUACUAAUAGCCUUAAUUCUGCCCUACAUUUGACCAUUAGAUGGAGUGCUUCCCUUCAUGUAAUGUGAGCUGUUAGUUCACAUUUACUCUCAGCUGGUGAUGGCAGCAAAACAUUACCAAGAACUUGAAGGUGUCAAGGUUCAAGUGAAUGACAUGGCUGGAUUUUUUCCCCCACACAUUGCUUUUUGUUUCCUGUUUAUAGCAGUAGUGGUAGUUAGCACACACAGACUGUAUUCUGCCCUGUAAUUGAAGUGCACCGUAAAGCUGCUCAAGUCAUAUGAAAUGAAGUUUGUCUUUUUUGUUUAAUUUUAUUUUUGCCCUUUAUAUUACUAUACAGUUCACACACAUAGAGAGUGGGUAACUAAGUACAGAAGAAAAUAUAUAGAGUUAUUAUUUAUAGUGUAGUUAUACUUUUAUUACGAACAAAUAUGAAUAAAAUCACUUUAAAUGUCUAAUAAUCUGCUCUACGUUUAAAAUAAGUGAGAUGUCAUAAAAAGUAAUAACAAUAAAUGUACAGCAGAUUAUUUUAAAUGACACUAAACACUGCAGUCAAUUACAAUUAUGUAUAACAGAUAUAAAUAUAAAUGUAAGUAUAUUUUGAUAUAUUUGCAGUUCAUCAAUAUGCAUGUGAAAGUUUACUUUAAAUGGUUGGCUAAUUAGAAGUGACUCAUAGAGGUCAUUAAAUGAGUGACAGAAUAUUUUAAAUGACUAAGAAAUAGUCAUAAAUUAUUCUAAAUGUGAAAUAUGUAAAUUACUUCACAUCCAAGCAGGCAGCAUUAAUCAAUUAGGAUUACAAAUAGAUUAUUAUAUAGGCAACAGAUGACUUUUAACAAAUAACAGUUCAUUGUGAAUUAGUAUAGUACAGUUCUAGUAUUGGGACCCACCCAGUUUGCGUUGUCAGUGGUUUUUUUGCCCCUUAAAGUUGCUGGAUGUCAUCAAAUUGCUGUGGUCAGGCUGUAGUUCAGGAGGUUGAGCAGGUCAUCUGCUAAUUGGAAGAUUGCAGUUUGAUCCCUGGCUGCUCCAGUCAAAUAUCCUUGGCGUUAGCCCGCAUCCAUCAGAGUAUGAAUGUGUGUGAAUCUUAGAUAGAAAGCACUUAAGCAUAGAAAAAGUGCUUGUGUGAAUUAGAGGAGAAAAGUGCUAUAUAAGAACCAGUCUGUUUACUAUUUACUGAUAGUUGCUUCCUGUGUGAAUGGUCCUUAAGCUCCGCCAAUGUGGAAAUGCCAAAAUUUGCCUAAUGGUCACUUGGCUGCCUCCAAAAGAGAGAAAGUGAGUCACACCCAAUAACGUGCCUAAUUUUACAACAGCUAUAAACAUGUUUACAGACUCGUAGAAAAGACAGUUCUAUCCUCAACAUUUAAUUUCCCCCUUAAAGUAACCGUAUGGGGGUGUGAUUUAUUAAAUAUCCAUCUAUUUAGAUUCUGUUGAGGCCUAACAUUAGAUGUGUGUGUCCACUUUAUUUACAGGUGGCUGUGGACCAUCACUGUAGAAAGCUUCAUCUCUGCUCAAGUUGAAACACUGAACUGGACCGCACUGUAUUUGUGGCCCAUCCCCCCCCAAAAUCUUAAUUUUUGCUGAGUCAAAUUCUGAGUAAAUUUCUUUUUUUUAUGUUAGUCUGUUGUCUAUGCUCAGUCAGUUGCUCAAUAAGCUUGCAAGAAUUAGCUGAUAACUUACCACUUCGCUCUCAUGUCUAAAUAUGGAUAUUCUGGCUCGAAAUGCCAUCACAGUGGCCAAACUGCCAUCACUAAGGCUUUGCUCAUGGUUUAUAUCAAUCUAUGGAUUCAGUAGUCAGAAAAAUAUAAAAACAAAUAAUAAAAGAAUCAUAUUAGUCAGUUCUUAAAGUAUCUUUAUAAGGUUGAGACUAAUACAGAAAAUAUACAGUGGGUUUUGUUCUGGUAUCUUUUUUCCUUCACAAAGUAAAAUACAGGAGAAAAUAAUCACAAUCCACAUUAGACGAGUAGUGGGUUUUUGAGUGUAAUGCGAGUCCAGAGCGAAUGUAAAUAACAUGAUGAGGUCACUGAUGGUUGGAUUUAUGGAAAGUAUAUACAGAUAUACAACUGGAGACAAAACACUAUUAUGAACAUUUAAAAGAAGACAGGUGGACAGUAAAAAUCACAAACCCUAUCCACUGUGCUAAAAGUCCAUUUUAAA